GUAAUUAUUUAAAUUAUAAGAUAAGACAAUGGUUUGUUUUAUAUAAAAAGCAAAACAAGACCCGAAAAGUCUUAUUAAACUAUCAGAGUUAGAACUUAUAAAAAUGAUUGCCACAAAGAGUAUUUUAGUUAUUGUUGCAGUAAGCCUUUUUGGUCUUGUAGCUGGUUGUCAGGCACAAGUACAAGCUCAAGGAGCAUGUCCAAAUGUGACACUUAUUCCCAAUUUUAACGCUACUGCGUACAUGGGAUUGUGGUAUGAAUCAGCUAAAUAUCCAGCUAUUUUUGAAACCGGUGGCUCAUGUGUAACAGCAAAAUAUACUCUAUUGCCAAAUGGAACAGUUGCAGUUGAAAAUUCUCAAUAUAAUAAAUACACCCAUUCACCUUUAACUAUCAAAGGAAAUGCAGUAGUUGUUGGUAAUGCCAAAUUAUUGGUCAAUUUCCCAUCUGUUCCUGGAGGUGCCAAAACCGGUAGCAAUUACUGGGUCUUACAUACAGACUACGUAAACUAUAGUGUGGUCUUUUCUUGCUCGCAAAAAUCAUCAACAUCUCAUACAGAAAUCUUAUGGAUUCUAACUCGAGCAAAAUCACCAUCAGUUCAAACAAUUCUUGAUGCUGUUAAAGUUAUUACUAAGAACAAGCUUUCAGUUGAUAAUUUGAGAGUAACAGCCCAAGACAAUUGUUAAUAAUAACAAUUUGGAAAUAAAUUAGCUAAUUAUUAGAUGAAAAA